AUGCGAGUUCUUUCAGUUAUAUGCUUACUUCUUUCAUUAAAACUAGUAUACUCAUUCGGUCUACCUUCUCCUACAGCUGCUUUAAAUAAAACUGCGGAUUUUGCUAGCAAAACACCACAGGGUGCGCUAGCUAGUGCUGCAGUAGGUAUGGCAGCAGAUGUAACAAAAGAUAAAGCAGACCCAGCCAAAGAUAAAGCAGGUGAAGAUGCAAAGUCUGCAAAUCCAAAUCCGAAAGACAAAAAGGCUGCGAUUGACUCUUCUAAAGAGGAUGCUUCCAAAUAA